AUGGCAUCUGAAGCAGGACAAGCCGUCUCUGCAGGUCUCAACAAGCUACAGCAGACCCUGGGAGGCAGUGCUGGUCCAAAGGCAUCCGAUAUUGCCGGUGCUACGAGAGACUACAACGACCCCAAGGCUCGCAUCACCACUGACUACGGCGUCCUCCAAUCCAAUACCGAUGAUACGUUGAAGGUCGUUACCGAAAACAAGACAGGGCCUCAUCUCCUUGAAGAUCACGCUGGACGAGAGAAGAUCAAUCGCUUUGACCAUGAGCGCAUUCCAGAGAGAGUGGUACACGCACGUGGCGCUGGCGCUUUUGGUACAUUCAAGAUGCACAAGAGUCUGGCAGAGUACACUUCUGCCAAGGUGCUGACAGACACUUCGCGAACGACUGAGACUUUCGUCCGAUUUUCAACUGUCCUUGGAAGUCGCGGAUCCGCCGACACACAUUACACCACCGAGGGGAAUUGGGACGUGGUUGGAAACAACAUUCCAGUCUUCUUCAUCCAAGAUGCCUUAAAGUUUCCGGAUCUUAUUCAUUCUGGUAAACCGGAACCACACAACGAGGUCCCCCAGGCUCAAUCUGCGCAUAAUAACUUCUGGGACUUUCAAUAUCUGCACACGGAGGCUACACAUAUGUUCAUGUGGCAGCAAAGUGAUCGCGCCAUUCCCCGCUCAUAUCGUAUGAUGCAAGGAUUCGGAGUCAACACGUUCACCCUCGAGAAUGAUGCGGGCAAGAGACACUUUGUCAAGUUCCAUUGGACUCCUCAACUUGGCGUGCACAGUUUUGUUUGGGACGAGGCACUCAAACUGGCAGGGCAGGACCCCGACUUUCAUCGCAAGGACUUGUGGGAGGCCAUCGAAGCAGGAUUGUACCCCAAAUGGAACUUUGGUGUACAAGUGAUUCCAGAAGGCGACGAAGACAAGUUCGAGUUCGACAUACUCGAUGCCACAAAGAUCUGGCCCGAGGAACUUGUGCCCAUCCAAUACGUUGGCGAGCUUGAGCUGAACCGCAACCCCGAUGAGUACUUUACCCAGACUGAGCAAGUCGCCUUCUGUACCGGACAUAUCCCUCCAGGAAUUGGGUUUUCUGAUGACCCGCUGCUCCAGGGCCGCAACUUCAGCUACCAGGACACGCAGCUGAGCCGAAUAGGUAUCAACUUCCAGGAGCUGCCUAUCAACCGCCCCGUUUGCCCUGUCAUGAACAAUAACCGGGACGGACAAAUGCGGCAUACGAUCAYAAAGGGCACCGUGAACUACUGGCCCAACAGGUUCGGGAAGUGCCCUCCCGCACAGCCAUCAGAAGGAGCCUAUGUCGAUUACCCGCAGAAAGUAGAGGGCAUGAAGGCUCGUCUUCGCAGCAAGAAAUUCAGAGAGCACUAUAAUCAAGCACAGCUCUUCUACAACUCCAUGUCGAAGCCUGAACAGAUGCAUAUCCAGUUUGCCCUGGGUUUUGAGCUCGAUCAUUGCGAGGAUCCCAUUGUGUACAACCGCAUGUCUCAACGCCUUGCCGAUAUUGAUCGUCCGUUGGCACAAUCUGUGGCAGAGCUGGUCGGAGGCGAGGUUCCACAGACAGCUGGCAGAUCAAACCAUGGCAAGACGAGCAAAGGCCUGAGUCAAACAGAGUUCGAGCCCGAGAUUCCGACAAUUGCUACACGACGUGUUGCGAUCAUCAUUGCGGAUGGUUACGAUGCUGCUGCCUACAACGGUAUGGUAGCUGCUCUGAAGGCUGCAAACGCCCUGCCGUUUACGAUCGCGCCAAGACGAAGUCCCAUCUUCGCUGCUGGUGAAAGCAAGGCAUCUAGUGACGGCGUUACGCCUGACCAUCAUCUUGAGGGAAUGCGUUCUACAAUGUUCGAUUCGAUCUUCGUUCCUGGCGGAGCCGAUUCGGUCGCAACGCUACGCAAGAUGGGACGAGCUCUUCACUGGGUUCGUGAGGCUUUUGCCCACCUCAAGGCUAUUGGUGCCGUUGGGGAGGCCGUUGACCUCGUAAGAGAUGCGACUGAGCUCGAAGGCAUGGAGUUCUCCACUAGCGGUACCGUGACGGACUCAUAUGGUGUCGUCACAGCGGCCAAGACCCAACCUGAUACGUUCACGGAGUCUGUACAGGUGGUGAAAGGUGCCGCCGACUUCAUGGGCAGCUACUUUUAUGCCAUCUCGAUGCACAAGAACUUUGAGCGUGAGAUUCAAGGCUUCCCGCUGAUGGUGGCGUACUAG